AUGCGUUUCUCUGCCGCCACCAUUGCUCUCUUCGCCGGCCUUGUUGCCGCCCUCCCCAACGGUGAGGUCCACACCGUCUACCAGACCGAGGAUGUGACCAUCACCUCUUGCGCUCCCACCGUCACCGACUGCCCCGGCCGUCAGACCUCCACCCCGGAGGGUGUUGAGCCCGUCGCCACUCCCACUGCUGCUAUCACCACUGAGGAGACUCCCGUUGCCCAGACCUCCUCUGCUGAGGUUCCUCCCCCCGUUGAGGAGACCACCCCCGCUGUCCCUGCCGUUCCUACCAGCAGCUCUCCUGUUAUCCCCCCUCAGGUUCCCAGCGGCAGCGGUAGCGUCCCCGCUGUUCCUUCCAGCAGCAGCCCCGUCAUCCCUCAGCCUCCUCAGCAGCCUAGCCAGGGCACCACCGUCAUCGCUGUGACCACCUGCAUUCCCACCGUCACCUACUCGACCAUCACCGGCCCCGUUGGCACCCCCACCGGUGUCUCCCCCGGCAAGAGCUCUUCCGUCCCCGUGAUCGGUACCCCUGCCCCCAGCGGCGGUGCUACCCCUUCCUCUUCCGGUCCUACCUCUCUCUUCACCGGUGCUGCUAACACCGUCGGCCAGUCCUUCGGUCUUGCCGGUGCCGCCGCCGCCGCCGCCUUCUUCCUGGCCUAA